GCCGACCACUACAUAAGCCACCGGUGGCUGAGAGAAAGCGAGCAGCACCUUGUAUAGGUUGGGCGGGGCUUGAAGAAGCGAGCCCCUCUCAGAGAAAGCCAUUGCGCGCUAGCCUAGCUAGCUAGCGUUUUUCAGCUGGCUGUUAUGUUAGUUGUAGCGCGCCUUCCCUCCUUCUCUCACUUCGGAAAGAUUCCGCAGUAUUUUCUUAUGAUGACCUGGUCGAGAGAGUACGAUACAUCGGUGUAAAAGAUGGAGUGGUGUGAGGUUGGUUAGAGUAAGGCCUGGCCUGAGAGUGUUCUUGCCUCUAUCAUGGAAGGAAAGGUUGGUCAACAAUUUGAAGAGUUUGCUUCUACACGGAAACGAAGACUUUCGAGAACAAAUAUUAAACCGGGAAGAAAAAAGGGGAAUAAAGAAAGUCUAAGCGCAUAUGGCACGAAAAGGAAAUCCGAUUUCGGUAAGACUCGAUCUGAAUCGUAGUUCAGAUUCAAGUCGGUUCAGUGAGGGCGACCACGAAAGUCACCGAAUGGGUCAGUCUUUUCCUUCAGUUUGUCCUAUAUAUAUGUUGAAUAAAAAAGCUUGGGUUGGGAGGCCUUUCAAAGUACAAGGCAGAUGUCCGGGACGGACACGACUUCUUCUAACGCUAGAAGACCACUUGAAGACACCCGGGACCAGAGCAUGUCGUGAAAGAAGCACACUGGGCGGGCGUGCUUCGACCGUGUCUCCGGGGCGCAGUUGAAUGUGGAUAUCAUGAACGCGAGGUGCAGGAUACCAGGCCGAGAAAGCCGGGCUACCACCCCCUAUGUGCCGAUCACUAGCGCAUCCAGGGCCCCGCGCCCAGCGGAGCUGGAGAGGCCUAGCCUGAUCUGAGAAGUGCUAAUUCGGUUCGGAUAGACUUCAUUCAAGAAAGCCGCCGCCCCUGGAAUCAAUAAGAAAACUAGUGCUAAGUUUCAGAUCAGUGAAUAAACCGAAACGAAAGAAGAAAGAGACGUUUCUCGCUCGGCGCCUAAAGCGCACUAUGCUCCGCUUCAACAAAUGAGAGUUUUCGGUGGAACCGGUGAACCACGCGAGCUGGUUAGAUGCGUGGGACAGAGGGCUCAUAGUACCUGCUAGCGCAGCUAUGCAGUGGAAGGGAAGGAGCCUAAAUCGACCCCCUUCUUUUUUAUUUUCAAAUAAAAAAGAAGUACAAAGAGAUUAGACUCUCGGAUGAGACUAAGCAGCCACCGACCGUUCCGACGCGCCCCUGACCUUUUUUUUAUUAAGACCGAAAACCUAUCUAAAAUGGAGCCUAGUUUAGGCUGUCAAACAAAUGAUAAAAUGGAAAAUGUUCAAUAAAACCAAAACCACUAGUAGGGAUACGGAUGGAGUCUCGCUCAGUAAAGAGAGUUGUAGAUUCGUAGAAAAGGAGAGGAGCCUUGACUCUUUCUAUGAUGUUAUUAGUCAAGAAGCGCUAACGCUGCAAUCUUUCUAAAGCAAGAAGCGACUUUGAGAAAGUGAGAAAGAAGGUGCUUGUUGCCGCUUUCUUUUUUUUUUAGUAAGUAAACUUGUUUUGUUUUAUAAGGCGAAAGGUUGCUAUUUUUAUAAUUAUUAUAGCGUUAGCGCUUUAGUUUUCAAUAAGUUUAGGCUUUACUAAUAACAUAGAAAUUUGGAAUCAGGGUGCGCAGGUUUGGAACCCUAUACAAAGGGCCUUUCCUUUCAAAUGACAACUGCCUCUUCCUGCUGCGAAGGCCUUGCACGAAACCAACCCCCCACCCCCGACCCAGUACCAGUUGUUUCGCUGGUAGGCCCACUUAGGUUAGGGGGGCAUUGUCCCUCAGUUCUUACCAACCUCCGGUGUGUAAUCGACAUGUUGCUAACUUCAACUCGGUUGAAUAAGAAUCAUUGAUUCCCUUUGCUGUCCAUUUCUUAUUCAUUCAGGGCGCUCGGCCGGUGCUCCUUUUUUAAACCAGAACUACUCUGAACGUUAGAGAAGAUAAGGGAAGACCACCUGAGCGAACCGACCGGAGGGGACUUGACUUAUUUAUUCGAACCGAACGAUAGCGGCUUAAAGCAAAGCCUAUCACGAGCAGCGUCGCUGCUUGAUCGGCGGGGAGAAGCAUCUCAAAGUAUGGGGCAAAGGAUCAAGCGCUUUGACCUUGUCUCCCGGGAUUCACCACAGGUUGGGUUUGAGAGCCGUGUGAUGGGUGACUAUCCAGCACGGUUCGGAGAGCACUUGUUGUCUGCGUUGGUGAAUGGAAGCCCCUCUAUCAAGCAAGAAAGAAGCGGCUAUUCCCCAGUCCCUUAGGUUGGAGGGAGUCACCAUUGACUCUAUUUAUUAUUAUGGUAAAUUAGUGUAUAAAGAUGUAAAUCUGAGAUCUUAUUUCGGUUCGAUACGUCCACCUGCGAGACUCACCUUUGGCUUCCGUCUCGGUAGGUGUAUUCUUAUACAUUUUCCCAAAAGAACAUUCAUUCAUUUCUUUCUUCCCCGUCGACCACGACGACUGAAACGACGCGAAAAAUCCAGACCCGGAAAGGUGAAGGACCGGUGGUGGGCAUUUGGGAAAGUCGGGCCGAUCGGGUGUCUUCAUUCCAGCUACAAUACAGAAGAAGAACGAAACGAAGUGAGAGGCCGGAGGGCAGGGAAAAGAGUCGAGCCGAUCAGGCUCGACGCCCUAGCGAUAGGGGGGAAGCAAAACGAAAUUAGGAUUUGGCCGAAAAAGAAGCAACGCUAUGGAUACCAUGACCGAUCACCAUCGAUAAAGAAGAAUCUUUCUAAAUCACUUCGGGUCAGCGGGGCCUUCAAGCAUCCGAAAUACGCCGGGGUUGUAAAUGACAUAGCGUUCCUGAUAGAAAAUGACGACUCCUUCAGAAAAACGGCCUAUUUGUUUUUUAGUGGGUUGGGUGACAGAUCGGCCAUAGGAGUGCUCCGGGAUUUAACCCAGGGCAACCAAUGUCGAGCAUACGACGAUGCCGCCCGUUUUCAUUUCGUGGAAGUCCCCGGCAGAGGAAAGGGCUGUAGGUGA